CUAUUUCUGUAGGGCCGUUUCCGGGAGGCGGAGCCCAGACCCCAUUUCCUUUCUUCUUCGCCGGCUGGCGCUGGGGUUGCGACGGGACCAGCUUGAUUCGGAGCCUCCGUCGCCAGGCCGAACGCUGCGCCCCAGCUGCAGCAUGGGCCGCGCCGGGCACGUGGGUUGGGUGGCGGCGGGCCUGGUCCUCGGGGCCGGUGCCUGCUACUGCAUUUACAAGCUGACGCGGGGCCAGCGGCAAGGUGGCCGCGGGCCUCGGCUGCGCCCCUCGCCUUCCGCAGAAGAUUUAACCGAUGGUUCAUAUGAUGAUAUCUUAAAUGUUGACCAACUUCAAAAACUCCUCUACCUGCUUGAGUCCACUGAUGAUCCUAUAAUAAUCGAAAGAGCUUUGGUCACUCUGGGUAACAAUGCAGCCUUUUCAGCUAACCAAAUCAUUAUUCGUGAACUGGGUGGUAUUCCAAUCAUUGGAAGCAAAAUCAACAAUCCUUACCUGAGUAUUAAAGAGAAAGCUUUAAAUGCACUGAAUAACCUGAGUGUGAAUGUUGAAAAUCAAGUGAAGAUAAAAGUAUACAUCAAUCAAGUCUGCAAGGAUGUCCUCUCUGGUCCCCUGGACUCUGCUGUGCAGCUGGCUGGACUGAGAUUGUUAACAAAUAUGACAGUUACAAAUGACCACCAGCACAUGCUUAACAGUUACAUUCCAGACCUGUUCCGUGUGUUGCUCACAGGAAAUGGAAGUACCAAGGUGCAAGUUUUGAAGCUACUUGUGAAUUUAUCUGAAAACCCAGCCAUGGCAGAAGGACUACUUGGUGCCCAAGUGGAUUCAUCAUUUCUUUCCCUUUUUGAACGCCACGUUGCAAAGGAGAUCCUUCUUCGGGUUCUAACACUGCUUCAGAAUAUAAAUAACUGCUGCAAAAAAGAAGGCUGUUUAACUAUUCAGUCUACUUUCCCUGAAGGCUCACUGUUUUUCCUGUUAUACGGAGAAGAAUGUGCCCAGAAAAUGAGAGCUUUAGUUGACCACCAUGAUGCAGACGUGAAGGAAAAGGUAACAGUAUUACCAAAAUUCUAAUUGGUCCUAUUUUUCAUCUUCCUUACCAAGGGAGCUGAAAUUCUUUCAGCUGCUGAACUCAAACAGUAGUUUCAUCAUUAACACAGCUAUAGCUUGCCAUGGUCUUCUGGUCUGUUUUGAACCAUUUUAUUGAUACCAAAUGAACAGAAGAGCUUGUUCGGAAAGUAUGUCUUUGUAUUUUGCCAUUUGUGGAGUUUCGUGACCGUUUUUUUUACGUGUAAGCUAACCUUCUGCCCUUAGAAGUGAUGUGCGGUUUACUUGUCAGACAGCAUUAGUGCGUGAUUGAUCAGUUUGUUCGGGGCCACCGCAGGCGUGACCUCGUGCUGGUGGUAGAGUUCUGAGUCUUUGAGCCCCCCCCCCCCCCGCAGCCUAGCCAGACCUUAUGCUUCCCAAGUGUGUUCCCGUCGUGAGAGUCUAGUCUGAGUCGAUGAGAACUGCUGGUCCUCCCCACUCCCACUCAGUGCACCAGCCUGUGAAGGUGCAGCGUUCCGUCACCUGUCCAUCCACAGGCACCUGGUUAAGGCCGUUACCUAAUCUUAAAAGAACUACGUAGGUCUGGGCUCAUGUGGAAAGGCGUCCAUGAAGUAGGCAUGUGUUUUUUAAAUGAAAACUAUGCUUCCAUCCGGAGAGAAUAUUUUCUAGAAUGAUACCCAGAUGGGACUGAGGAAAGGUCUUUUCUAUGUUUACUCUUCUGCUACCGUCUCAAUUUUACUAUGAGCAUAAGUUUUAUAAUUUUUUAAAUAAAAAGGAAAAAAGUUUAUACACA